GAGGGGGAGAGAGAGGGAAUUGCACUGAGUGGAUAUAUUCGGUGUGGUUCUGGAUCCAGACAGCCAUUAAUUCCGGUGACAUUGCAUCGCAUAAGCCCCAACACUUGACAGAAAGCAUCAGCACCACUGGGCAUCAGCUGAGGCCCCCAGUGAUGGUGCCUUGGAGUCUCUUCAGAUCUUUGUGAGUGAGAAGGAGAGAAAGAAGGAGGAGAGAAGGAGAGAGAGAGGGAUAGAGAGAAGGAGAGAGGGGGAGAGAGAGAGAGAGAAGGCUCCCUUCUCUGCCCUCCUGAUGUCUUCCUCGGAUGAAGAGAGUGUGAGCGAGAGGUCGGGAAGCCUAUCUCCAUGUCCUGGGGACACUUUGCCCUGGAAUCUGUCCAAGCACCAGAGGUCCAAGAGGCAAAGGCAAGACUCGGUGUUGGAUCCGGCAGAGAGAGCGGUGGUCAGAGUGGCUGAUGAGCGGGACAGAGUGCAGAAAAAGACGUUCACAAAAUGGGUCAACAAACAUCUCAUAAAGAUGCGGAAACAUAUAAAUGAUCUUUAUGAAGAUCUCCGAGAUGGACAUAACCUGAUUUCGCUCUUAGAAGUCCUAUCUGGGGUAACUCUGCCUCGUGAGAAAGGCAGAAUGCGGUUCCACAGAUUACAGAAUGUACAGAUUGCACUUGACUUCUUAAAACAGCGGCAGGUGAAGCUAGUAAAUAUUAGAAAUGAUGACAUAACUGAUGGGAACCCAAAGCUGACACUUGGUUUGAUUUGGACCAUAAUCCUACAUUUCCAGAUUUCAGAGAUCUAUGUCAGUGGAGAGUCAGGGGACAUGUCUGCUAAAGAGAAACUGCUGCUUUGGACACAAAAAUUGACGGCGGGGUAUAUUGGGCUGAGAUGCUCCAAUUUCAGCUCCUGCUGGAAUGAUGGAAAAGUGUUUAAUGCUAUCAUCCAUAAGUACAGACCAGACCUCAUUGAUAUGGAGAAGGUUGCAGUUCAAAGCAAUUACGAGAACCUGGAACAAGCCUUUGCAGUGGCUGAACAACUUGGGGUCACGAGACUAUUGGAUCCUGAAGAUGUUGAUGUUCCAUCUCCCGAUGAGAAGUCUGUGAUUACUUACGUUUCCUCCAUAUAUGAUGCCUUCCCUAAGAUCCCAGAGGGUGGUGAAGGUAUCAGUGCAAAUGAAGUGGACAGCAAAUGGCAGGAAUACCAGAAUAAAGUAAUCUACCUCUUCCAGUGGAUCAGGCAACACAUCACAAUGAUGUCUGAUAAAACUUUUCCACACAAUCCUGUAGAACUUAAGGCACUUUAUAAUGAAUAUGUACAUUUCAAAGAGACUGAAAUUCCAGCAAAAGAAGCAGAAAAGUCACAAAUACAACAUUUAUAUAAAUUAUUUGAGGUUUGGAUGGAGUUUGGUCGAAUAAAGCUCCCCCAGGGAUACCAUCCCAAUGAUGUUGAGGAAGAAUGGGGUAAACUUAUCGUUGAAAUGUUGGAGCGGGAAAAAGCUCUCCGACCUGCAGUAGAAAGGCUGGAACUACUACUGCAGAUUGCCAACAAAAUUCAAAAUGGGGCUUUAAACUGUGAGGAGAAGUUGACGUUGGCCAGGAAUACACUGCAGGCUGACGCAGCUCAUUUAGAUUCUGACCAGCAGGUCCAAUAUGAAGCAGACGUAGCCAUGUAUUUGCAGGAGUGUGAGGGCUUAAUCCGACAACUGCAGAUCGAUGUGAAGAUUCUCCGAGAUGAGAAGUAUUAUCAGGUGGAACAGAUUAUUAUGAGAGUAAUUAAACUUCAGGAUGAACUUGUGGCUUUACGACUUGAAUGCACCAACCUGUACAGAAAAGGGCACUUCAUUUCCUCCACGGAGCAGACGGGUCUACGACCAUUGAACCUUACUGUCAAUGACUUAACUACUGAUGUAGGUUCAGGCACUUUACACACAACGUCCCUCACGUGGUUUAAAAAACCCAUGACAAGAUCCGAACUGGUUGCUAUCUCUUCAACACAAGACGAAGGAAACUUGAGAUUUGUCUAUGAGCUUUUAGCUUGGGUGGAGGAAGUACAGGUCAGGCUUGAACGAGCUGAGUGGGGUAGUGACUUACCCAGUGUGGAAGCACAGCUCGAUAUCCAUAAGAUGAUCCACACUGCAGUGGAAGAACUGGAGUCUGGUCUCAAAGAAGCUAAACAUUAUGAAAGCCAAGUUUCUCCCAACUUCAAGACCAGCUAUUCAGACACACUAAAUAAACUGGGGAUACAAUACAUCAAACUGCUGGAAACAUCCAGACUACGUAUGCAACAUCUGACUAGUUUGCACAGUUUUGUGUCGAAAGCAACGACUGAGCUUAUUUGGUUGAAUGAAAAGGAGGAGGAAGAAUUGGCUUAUGACUGGAGUGACAGGAAUACAAACAUUUCAGCAAAGAAAGAAUAUUUUGUUGAACUGAUGAAAGAACUGGAACAGAAACAGAAGGUUAUCAAAUCCCAUCAGGAAACUGGAGAGCAGCUUUCACUGGAGAAUCAUCCUGCCAGGCAAACCGUGGAGGCAUAUAGUGCGGCACUCCAGACACAGUGGCAUUGGAUUAAGCAGCUUUGCUGUUGUGUAGAGCAGCAUUUGAAAGAGAACACUUCCUAUUUCCAGUUUUUAAGUGAUGUUAAAGAAGCAGAUCUGUAUUUACGAAACCUGCAGGAGACGAUCAAGAGGAAAUACAAGUGCGAUCGCACCAGUGGGUUGUCCAAACUGGAAGACCUGCUUCAAGAUUCCAUGGAUGAAAAGGAACAGCUGAUCCAGUAUAAGAGUUCUAUAGCAAGUCUCGUUGGAAGAGCAAAGACGAUCGUUCAGUUGAUUCCAAGAAACCCUGACAAUGCUCUCAAAACAACUAUCCCGAUCAAAGCCAUCUGUGACUAUCGGCAAAUUGAGAUCACAGUCUGCAAGAAUGACGAGUGUGUUCUUGAGGAUAAUUCACAUCGAACCAAGUGGAAGGUUAUUAGCCCAACAGGGAAUGAGGCAAUGGUUCCAUCUGUCUGCUUCAUAAUCCCUGCACCCAACCAGGAAGCCAUCGAUAUGGGCGCCAGAGUGGAACAAAUGUAUCAGAAUGUGAUGGCCUUAUGGCAUCAGUUGCAUGUUAACAUGAAGAGUGUGGUAUCCUGGAACUAUCUGGUGAAAGACAUCGAAAUUGUUUGCUCUUGGAAUAAAGAAAACUUUAAAGCCCUGAAAGCCAGUGAGCAGCAGCAGGUGAUGAAAAAGUUGCACAUGCACUACGCAGAUUUCCUCGUGGACAGCCAGGAAUCUCAAGUCUUCUCCAUCGCCGACAGACUCCGGUUAGAGGAGGAGGUUGAUAACUGUAAAGAACGUUGUGAGCAGCUGCUGGUCGCAACUGAAGCAGAGGCAAAGGAUGAGACCCUGAGUAAGACGUACAUUUCCGAUCUGCAAAAUGUCACCUUGCGCCUGGAGAAGUGUGAGGAUCGGUUAAUACGGAGGCUUCAGGCCCCACUGGAAGGGGAUCCAGUGCAAGAUAGUGCCUUAAGGAUCGCUGAACAGGAGGAAACGCAAAAGGAGCUUGAUGAGCUGAAGUCUAACCUGAAUGAGCUGACAAAGAAAUGCGAGGGUUUUUUCUACCAGUCUCCCUCUGCAGCCAGCGUCCCGAUGUUGCGUUCUGAGAUGGACGUGGUGAUAGAGAAGAUGAGUCAAGUGUCCGCACUGUCCUCCAGCUACACGGAGAAGUUGAAGACCGUGGAUGUGGUGUUGAAAAACAGUCAAUCAGCUGAGACGCUGGUUAAAAUGUACGAAAUGAAACUGAGUGAGGAAGAUCUCAUACCGGCUGAUCAGAAGGCUAUUGAAGCACACAGAAACAUACUGCAGCAAUGGUGUGAAGAGGUGGAAGGAAACCGAGGGGUGUUUUCAUCUUUGGAGAAGGACAUUCAGCAAGCGAACGCUGCUUGUGAACAUCUCGGCCACCUACACCACGAUCGCAGCCUAGAUUUGGAGCGAUAUCGAGAAAAGGUUGAGCAGUUAAAAGAUCGAUGGCGACACGUCUGUUCACAGAUUGAUACCAGACAAUCUGAAUUAGAGAGCAUUCAGGAGGUGCUCGAGGAUUACAGAGGCUGUCAUCAGUCUCUAAUUCAGUGGAUUGAGGAAACCACUUUGCAACAAGAGAAGAUGGAGCCAGGCAAGGCAGAGGACAGGAAAAUCCUCUCGGAGCAACUCAGCCAAGAAACGGCGCUGGUUGCUGAGAUCGAAAAGAAUCAAGCCAAAUUAGAUGAAUGCCAAGACCUGUCUAAACAGUAUUCUUCCUCUGUAAAGGAUUAUGAGCUGCAAUUGAUGACCUAUCGAGCUUGUGUUGAGUCCCAUCAAAAAUCAGCCAUCAAACGUUGGAGAAUUCACUCAUCAUCCGAUGUCAUAACCCAAGAGUUCAUGGACCUGCGAACACGCUACACAGCUCUAGUGACUCUGACAACCCAACACGUAAAAUACAUCAGUGAUGCUUUGAGACGCCUGGAGGAGGAAGAGAAAGUCAUCGAGGAGGAGAAACACGAGCGCGUUGGAAAAAUGAAGGAGCUUCUUGGCUGGGUAUUAAACACAGGUCAGGUCCUGCAAAAGCAAAACCUUCCAACAGAAGGAGCAGACUUGGGAGCCAUUGAACGAUCCUUCUCUGAGCAGCAGGUUCUAACUGAAGAACUCAAUGCAAAGCAGGAUCAAGUGGCUGAGACAAUCAAAACCACACAGAUCUUUCUUGCCAAGCAUGGGAACAGAAUGUCAGAAGAAGAACGGGAGCAAGUGACGUCACAGUUGAACGACUUAAAAGAAACGUACAAUCAACUUUGUGAUCAGUCUGCAGAACAGGUCCAGCAGAUACAGAACCAACUCACUCAGGAAGUGCAACGCAAGGACAAUGAAACUAUUGCAGGUGUGAUUGACCUGGGAACAGUAGAAAUCUUCCCAAUAUUUCAUGCCAUGCAGAGGGGCCUCAUAGACCAGGACACUGGACUGGCUCUGUUACAGAUUCAAGUAACCGUCUGUGGCCUCACAAUCCCCGAAACAAACGAGCGUCUGUCAGUGGAAGAAGCUUUUCAAAAGGGUGCGAUAGAUGACCGAACGUAUCGUCCCUUGCAAGAACUGGAAACCGCCUUAAAGGUGAUCGAGAGAACAAGCUUUGCGAACACACAACUUCUUCCUACUGCAGCCGCUAUUGACGAGAAGGUAAUCGAAGAAAAUGUGGGAUUGAAGAUUUUGGAAGCACAGCUUAGCAGUGGAGGUCUCAGUAUUCCAUCAACUGGCGAGGCUAUCAGUUUAGAGAAAGCUUUCCAACAGGGCCUGAUCAAUGCUCCUCUACAUUCCAAGCUGUUGGCCAGAACAAAAAUGCAGAAAGAUCUGAUUGAUCCGAACACAGCUGAGAAACUCACUCUCUCGGAACUGAUGCAACGCUGCAUUGUCGAUAAAGAAACCGGAUUGACGUUAUUUCCAAUAAAACAGCUUGCCGGUGGGAUGGUGGGCCUGACAUCUGGUAAGAAAGUCAGCAUCUUCCGUGCCAUCCAAGAAGGCCUUAUCGACCAACAAGUCAUGGUCAGACUUUUAGAAGCUCAGCUGUUUGCUGGAGGCAUUGUGGAUCCCAGAACAGGGCACCGAUUAACAGUGGACGAAGCAGUGAGACACAAUCUAAUAGACCAUGACAUCGCUUGUGCCAUAUUAAUUCGGCAGAUCCAGAUGGGUGGUGUUAUCGAUCCUGUCUCAGGUCAACGGUUGGCUCUGGACGAAGCUGUGCAACGCGACUUGAUGACAUCGAGAAGUGCACUGGUGGUUCUCGAGUCUCUCUGGUCCUUUCAGGGGCUCCUGUGGCCUGAGUCUGGCGAGGUCCUUCCUAUGGUGAAUGCGUUGCAACAAGGGAUUGUCUCCACAGAGCUGGCACACAGAAUUCUGAAGAAGAGAGCCACAGUAGCAGCAUUGUACAUCCCAGAGACCCUCGAGGUGAUUUCCUGGGGAAAAUCGGUUCAAGAAGGUAUUUUGGACAAGAAUGUCGCUGACUUGUUGACGUCCAUUCAGAUACCGGAUGCAAUACCAAAUCUGCAAGAGCCAGGGACUUCAAGCAUGAACAGACUGAGCUGGAAUUCAGCUUGUGGGCGGCUAACAUAUUCAAGUUUGCAGUUUGUCAAUACAAACAGCAGUACUGAGACCUCUGAUAGUGGGGCAAUGGAGGAAAGGCUACUGUCUCAUUUAAUGACACAUAGUUAUAUGAAUGUGCACAAUGGCAACAGAACACUUCUGGUCGACGCUGAGCUGAAUGACAUGACUAAAGGGCUCAUCGAAGCCAGAGAAAAUGCUGCAGUCAUGAGCAGAGAAGAUCUGAUCCGUGCGUGCAAUGGAAAAGCGUACAAGACUCUAAUGGAGAUCAAUAAAUCAGAUACACCUGCUGGAAUAGAGGAGAAAAUAUACCAUUCGAGCAAAUCUACACUGAGGGAUAAUUUCGGAUCAAAUACGAGUGAUAUUAAGAAAACUGGAACUGUUCAUGAACUACUGACAGAUACAUGCACUGAGGAAUCUGUAAGCAGUAAAAAGAAAAUAGACCCCCAGGCACUGAAGGUACUCUUUAUGAAAAUAAAGAUUUAUCAGUUGAUGAAAUGGAAACUUGUGAAGAAGCUUUCUCAAUCAGUAACUCGUAAGGGAAAAAGGAGGGUUGAACAUGACAAUGGUGGAGAGGAAAAAAUAAAGACAUCGUUGGAUAAAUCAGAGUCUUUCACCGGAAUAAAGGUUGACAAAGCAAGUCUGACUGAGAAAUUUGCAGCCAUUUCACAAAAUGUAGCUAUAACUGAUAUGGAGGCUCAAAUUUCACUUUCAACAGCAAAUCCCCAGACGAAUGGUUCACCAUCUCAGGGUAAACACCUUGACAGAAAAGAAGCAGGACUCACACCUGUAAACGUACCUACUAAAGGAUCAUUGCAACAGUCAGACUCACAAAAGACGUCAACUAACGUAGUAAAGUUGGAAGAUGUUAAAGUACUAGAGGUUCAUGAGUUACUGCAGCAAGGUCAUCUUAAUGUGACAGAAAAUGUCCCAGCCAACAUUCCUGAUGUUAAAAAUUGUCAUGUGUUAGAUGUUAAUAUGGUUGAACCGAUAUUAGUUGAUGUAAAAGAUGGGAUUAAACAAGAAAACUCAAAUUGGACUUUGAAAGGUAAAGGUGAAAGAUUGCCUUGUGUGGAACAAACUACUGAGGGAACUGUAACUGAGGUCUCCUCAACAGACCAAAUACUUGUGUUGAGCUCAGUUCUAAACGAUGAUUAUUUGGAUGAGGAAUCGGCUUUAGAUAUUCUUACUGCCCAGCUUCAAACUGGUGGAAUCACGGAUGAACGGACUGGAGAAAAACUAACAUUGAACAAUGCCAUGACGAAGGGAAUCCUGCAAAGUCACACUGCGCUCAAGUUAAUGGAAAAGCUAGGAAUCUUAAGUGGGUUCUUCGACCCGCAGACGUGCGAAACCCUGACUGUAUCGGAAGCAGUCGAUGAAGGUCUCAUGGACGAAGAGCUCAUUCAGAAGGUCUUCAACUCGGAGAAAGUUAUUUGUGGCGUGAUUGACCAAGGCCAAUCCUCUGUGCUCUCGGUUAAAGAUGCCGUGGAAAUUGGCCUUCUGGACCACGAAACCGCAGCGAGGAUCCUGGAAGGGCAAGUUGUUUCCGGUGGAAUCAUCGAUCUGAAACGAGGCAAGCGGUUGUCAGUGACUUUAGCGUCGAAAAUGGGUUUAGUAGAAGAUAGGCAUCUGGAUAAUCUGACCAAACUGGAGAAGGCCACAAAAGGAAAGGAGUCGGAUGAAAGCACAAAAUUGAAGAUGAUGAUGUUGCAGAUGGAGAUGAAUGGCAUCGUUGAUCCACAGACCAAGGAACUUCUAACUGUUGUGGAGGCACGAGAGAGGGGGGUGUUGGACAAAGAGACUAUUCUUAAAGCCCUGAAGAAGCAGGUUGUGGAUGGUGGAAUUAUUGAUCACUCAUCAGGGAUGAGACUUUCUGUGACUGAUGCUGGUGAAUAUGGCCUGAUUGAUCAGGAUAUAGCUACUGAAUUAAUUGAGGUAGAAAGAGCAUGUCAGCAUAAGUAUUUACAUCCAAAGAUGAUGCAACCAGUUACACUAUCUGAAGCAGCAUCACUCGGCCUUGUAAACUCAGCUUUUGCUGCGGAAAUACAAGCACUCCAAGCUCUUAGUGGAACGUUUACAGAACCAACAACUGGCAAAAAGCUCACGUUAACUCAAGCUUCAAAACAAGGAAUGUUAGAGAAAUCUGUACUGGAAAAGGCAAUGUCAUCUCCCGAGUUGAAUCAAGGGAUUGUGGAUCCCGAGCGGUGCGCAAUAAUACCUUACUCCGAGCUAAUAAAGAAGGGGAAAAUAGACCUGGAUUCUGGUCAGAGGUACAUGGAGACCACAUAUUUCACAGGAAUAAAGGAUGAAUUAACAGGUGAAACCUUGUCAGUUGCGGAGGCAGUCAAGGCAGCAAAGGUAGACCCAGUACCUGCUCUUCGAUUGCUGCAAGCCCAAGCUGAUUCAGGUGGUAUUCUGGAUAACACUAUUGGUGACAGAGUGACGCUAGCACAAGCCGAAGAAUGUCAGCUGUUAGAAGACAACAUGAUCAAGAUUAUAGUUACUAAUCAGAUCUUGGGUGGCGGGGUGAUCAACACAGUUACUGGUGAGAGAGUGGCGAUUUCAGACGCAGCUCAAAGUGGUUUGAUAAGUUCAAAGAUGGCUGAAGAAAUUCAGUCCAGUUUAGGUUUCACCCCUUCUGAGCAGAUAAGUGCCACAGAGCCGCCAUAUCUGUGUAUACAAAGCGAGACACCAAAUGGAGCAUCAAAAGAAGAUAGAAUAUUUUUACUCACUGGAGACGUCAGUGAAUGUGUUUCUGGGUUUCUGCAACCAGAGCUUUCUCACGAAGUGGAAGAAAUCAUCAAGCCUUACACUCAGAAAAUGCCUUUCCAAGAAAAUGUGCCAGGUACUCAGAUCCAAAUAUUACCCUCAGGAAACCAGAAGCAGUUGAAUAAGGAAACUGGGAAUGCUAGUGAUGAGAAUGAGAAUCAUCUAUUCACUGUAAACGCAAAAGCAAGAAAACAAAAUGACGUAAUGAAUGAAAACCAAAUGCCCUUAUCCCCUGAACUAUUGGAAAUACAAUUGGGUUUGAUAAACUAUUCAACACCUCAGCAUAUUCCUGAUGAUCUCAAAUAUGUAUUACCCAGCCAGAACGAUGUUGAGGUUGGUUAUAAUAGUUCACAAGCUCCAACGCAAGAAACCGUGUGUACCCAGCUAAAGACGAGCCAUAAAGAUGCAAACAAAAUGGAUGCGGAGCAUACGGAGUUUGCUGAUGGAUCAGAGAGACAUUUAAGCAUUAUCUAUGAAUCGCAGGAGUUUAUUGAUUCUGAAAUAAGUGCUCUGUAUGAAUGUGCUGAAGUAGAAGAUUAUCCUGCAAGUGGAAUGCAGGGAAUGUUAUUCAAGGACGUAGAGGGUAGGGCUGACAGUGAAUUAUAUUUGUCAAUGGAUCAAGUGGAAGAAUCCAAAUCAGAAGAGAAAGGUAGACCUAUAUUAGAAGAGGUAAAAGGACAACCUGAGGAGAUUCAGGAAAUGGUGAAACAAGAAAUAGGCAUUGAAGUUGCAUCAAUAGAAAAAAUGCCUGUUAGCCAGGACAACAAGGAACCGCCUGCCAGAAAAGCAAAGGAGAAAGUUACAGAGAACGUUGAUGAAAGUCUAGCUGGGGUCAAGGGACCAUUUGUUGACAUUUUAACAAACGUUGGGGAAGACAUAGAGUUGAAUGAUGAGACAAAGGAACUGGGAGGUAUUGACAAAAUGGCUGGAGAAGCGACUGCUAUUAAAAAUAAAGUUUCAGGUGUUAGAACAGCAGAAAUUCCUGCUAAACCUGCAAAGGAGGGAGUUCUGACACCUCUUGUCAGUCAAAAUACGAUGGAAGACACGAGCGGCCAUGUCUGUCUGGAAUCCAAAGAAAUAUUCCACACAGAGAUACAUGAGGAAGAAUUGGUAACUGCUCUGGGACCUCAGAAACACAUUAAAUCUGCAGAAAAACUGCAAACUAGUUUGAAUGAGCAAAUUCCAUUUGAAUUAAAAGACACUGACAAAAGUGGCUUGUUGGGAGAAACUAUAACUGCUGAAAAAGUCCCGACCCAAAGUGAACAAGAGAAGCGUGCAGAGGAGACAACAACCCACAACCUGAAUGAUGAACGUGCAGAAGGAAAACUUAAAGCUGCUGGAAAAGAUGAGGAUGGACGAGAAGACAUGACUGUUAAGGAGAAGCAGCCCGAGUACAAUAAACAGCAAUGUCUGGAGCAUGAUGAGAAUCUCGUCACUUACCUGUCUCUCGUACUGGAUGUUGAGGUCAGACUGAAGCAGCAUCUGCCAGUGAGCACCAGCCUACCUGUGCUUAAAGAUCAACUCAUCUUGGCUGAGUCUUAUGAAGUUGAACUGAAGGAACUCUCAAACCCAAUAAAUCAUGAGCUGGAAGCAGUUGUUCAAGUGCUAGAAGGCUCGACACAAAAUGUACCUCAACAGUUAUUAAAAGCACUUGAGAAAGACUCGAAAAACCUACAGAAGUCAUUUACCUCUGUCUGUGAGGUGUCUAGGGCCUGGAAUGCAGCCCUGACAAAUGCUUUGGAUACUGAAAAAUCUAAAGUCAAUACCGAGUGCGAGCAACUACAAAAGACACUGGAAAGGCUUGUGGAUUGGGUCACUCAAACCGCACAAUCUGUGCAUCAAAUGGAAUCCGAGACAUCAAAGGAAGGAAUCAUCCUCAAAAGAUAUCAGCAACAAUAUGAGGAACUGAAGGAACCAUUAUCACUCACUAAAUCAGACAUGGAUGCUGCAGCUUUUGAUGUUCAGUACUUUAUUUCUGAACACGCACAAGAUCUUACCCCUCAACAGAGCAGACAGCUGCUCAGGAUGUUAAACGAGCUUCAGAAGUCAUUCCGAGAGAUUUCAGAAACAAUUCUGCUUCAAACAGAAGCAUUAGAUGUCCACCUUCGGGAUAAAGAGUCUGUGGAAUCUAAGAAGGCCCUCCAGGAACAGCAAGAGAAAUGUGGGCAAAAGCUGGAGCGUGAAAUUCUUUGGCUGACUGAGAGUUUAAAUACACUGUCCUCUUGUGAGCAAAAGGUCAACAUGAUGGGCAGUGUUAAUGACAUGACUGCACUUCUGCAGCUAACCAGUGAUAUUCAGGCAGUGAAAGGAGAAAUCCAGUCGCGUGCUGGGGCUGUAGAAGAACUGAUCGCGGCCCAAGAGCAGUUUUUGGAAGCGAACCGGGACAAGCUGGACCCUAAAGAGGCAGCGGAACUAGAGAGCAAACUGCUGUCGGCGAAGGGUCAACACCAGCUCCUGUGUAAACGUGCUGAGAACCUGCAGAAGCACAUGGACACGUCCCUCACAGCCGCUACCCAACAGCAAACCGAGAAGGCAAAGGCAGUUGAGAAAUUUGAAGAAACCCAGAGUAAAAUAGAGAGCCUUUCAACGUGGCUAUCAGGUCUGGGACAAGAGACAGUGCUAUGUUCUGAACUGCAGGAGUCGCUGAACGGAAAGCAGUGCUUUGUUGUGGAGACAGACGCUUUGGGAAAUGGGUUAAAUCAGGUUCAAGACCAUGCUGAUGGGAUGACCACGAUGGCUGACACGGCAGGCAGCUUGAGCCGCUACUGUCAGGCACUGAAGGCCCGACAUGAAGAAUUGUUAUCCCAGCAGCAAGCUUUCAUAUUAGCAACACAGUCCGCUCAGUCCUUCCUGGACAAACACGGCCAUAACCUUUCACACGAGGAGAAAGAGAGAUUGCAGAGAAAUCUUAAUGAAUUGAAGGCACGCUAUGAGACAUCACUUGCACAGUCAGAAGCACAGCUGAAGCAGAUCCAGAGCCUACAGGAUGAAUUCCAGAAAUUCCUAAAAGAUCAUGGUGAAUUUGAGGCUUGGUUGGUUCAAUCUGAGCAGGAUCUUGAAGAGAUGAAGAUUGGACAAAUGGACACAAAUUCAUUGCAGAGAACGCUCCAGAGACAAAAAAGUUUCUCUGACGAUGUUAUUUCUCACAAAGGGGAUCUGAGAUACAUCACAAUCUCGGGACAAAAAGUGCUGGACACCGCAAGAUCCUUUACUGAAACAAGUACAAACGAGGAUUUUAAGUCUGCAGUUGAUCCCUCCAUCACCAGCACACUAGUGAAGUGCAAAUUGAACGAUGCCAAAAAUCGCUAUAACACACUUCAUUCCAAGUGCAACAAACUUGGCACUCACUUAACCAAUAUGUUGGAAAAAUACCAACACUUCCAAGAGGUUGCUAACGGGCUAACUUCCUGGCUCCAACGCUCUGAGACAACUGCGGGAAAGCUCGUGUCAGAAACCAUCUCAUCUGACUCUCAGAGCCUUCAGAAGCAACUUGAGAAUAUCAAGGUGCUUCAAGGAGAUUUAACUGAGCAUCAAGACAGUGUGACAAAGCUCCAGAAAGCAGCAGAAGUCCUUUUGUCCUUAGAUGACGACCUUGUCCCAAAUCAGGAUCAAAUUCAGAAAAUAACAGAAUCCGUCAGUCAAAGGUAUGAUGCCCUUUCCAAGAUCGUGUCAGAGCGCAAUGAGAAGGUGCAGAUAUCGGUUGCUCAGUCCCAGAGUGUUCAACAAGGCCUUGAUAACUUGUUGGAGUGGUUGGAAAACGUUGAAAGAAGCUCGAAAACAAAGGAUAGCAUUUCAGCGUCGUCCACUGCCAUCCAGGACGCUCUCACCCAAAACUCCAAAUUAAAGCAGGAUAUCGCUGGUCAUCAAAGCAGCAUUAAUACGAUACAGAAAAUGGUCAGUGGUUUUAUCAAAACGGCAGAUAAGGCAACUGCAAGCUCACUUCAAAAGAAGCUGGACGAAUUGAACAGCCGAUUGGGAACUGUAUGCAGCAACCAGCAGCAGAACGAGGGGAAGCUUGCAAACCUGCUGCCCAAAGUGGAGCAAUAUGAGAAACUGCUGGAGGAGGUUGGACAGUUCGUUGGAAGCAAAUCUCAGAGUCUAGCAGCAGGGGGAGAUCCCAGUAAAGACAUCGCUCAUUUUACACAGGAAAUACAGGACGUGAGCAGAGAAAUGGUGAAGCAGAGCGGAGCUCUACAGACCUUAGAACAACUGGCAGAGGAACUAACAGCUUCCUCCCUUCUGACACACAAGGAGCAGCUUACGGAGGCCGUCCGAGAUCUGGCUGGAGGAUACAAAAAACUGGAGGAAAGCGUCAAAGAAAGAGAGGUAGAGGCAUUGUCCUGCCAGCAGCGUUUGAGUGAGUUCCGAUCUCUCGUCGUGCUGAUGAAGAAAUGGCUAAAAGAAGCCGAGUCUAAAGUACCAGCGUUUGAGUCGACCCUUAAUUCAGACACGCUCGAGAAACAGAUCCAGCAAAUCAAGAACUUGUUGGAAGAUUGGUCAUCGAAAUCUUCACAAGUACAGGAUAUAAGUCACCAAGGAACGGAACUGGAGAACCUCAUCAUGGAAAUAACAUCACCCAAUUCUGCAUUGAUAUCCAGUAAAUCAGGUUCUGUGAUGGUGAAUGGUGGUGUGACUGCAGCUGGUAAGAAUGAGUACCACGGGAACAAAGAACUUUCAGAGAUACAGUGCAGCGUUUCUGAUGUGAACAGUGGGUACGAGAGUCUCGGGAAUGUACUGAGAGAACGCAGAGACCACCUUGGGUCUACACUUGACCAGAUGCAGCAGGUUCAGGAAGAAACCAACUCAAUUAUGAAGUGGCUAGAAGUAAAAGAACAGACCCUCUCCACUUUGAACUCAUCGCCGGCUAAACCUCAGUCUGUGAAGGCACAGGCAGAACAAAACAAGGCCUUACUUGAUGAGCUCGAUCAGCACUGCUCCAAAGUUGAGAAGCUGAAGCAAGCAUUGACAAAUCUAAUCAAGAAAAAUCCUGAUUCUCCAGAAGCUGAGAAAUGCAGAAAGAUGCUUCAAGAAAUGGAAUCAAAGUGGAAUCGAACCAGACAAACAAUAGCCGAGAAGCAACAGAAACUUGAGGAAUCAGCCAACCUGUUGACAAGUUUCCAGAGCACGGAAUCACAGCUGAGUCCGUGGCUGACAGAAAAGGAAUUAAUGAUGAGUGUACUUGGCCCUCUGUCGAUUGACCCUAACAUGUUACAUGCGCAGAAACAACAAGUGCAGUUCAUGUUGAAAGAGUUUGAAACUCGCAAGCCACAGUACGAACAACUAAACCAAGCAGCGCACGGAAUAUUGAAUGGACCCGAGGACGUCUCUCCCUUGGACGACCAAGUGAGAGACCAGCAGAGAGCCAUCACUGAGAAGUGGGAUAAACUGACCAGCCAGCUCGGUGGCCGGUCCCAUCAGAUCGAUCAAGCCAUCGUCAAAAGUGUACAAUAUCAAAAUGUGCUACAGAUCCUCACAGACAAAGUCAAGAGUCUUCAGGAUAAACUGAACAGCCAGCCUCUGAUCAGCACCCAGCCGGAUAUCGUCAAACAGCAACUUGAAGACACCAGUGAAAUCCGUUCCGAUUUGGAACAACAGAAAGAACAGAUCGAAGAAGCACAAAGCCUUUGCAGUGACCUGUCGUGUCUUAUUGGUGAACAGUAUCUGAAGGAUGAGCUCCGUAAACGACUUGACAAUGUCCUACUGCCUUUCAAAAGCCUUGAAGAGAGCGCAGGUGACCGCAUGAACCAACUUCAGACCACGCUGGCCAGCUCCCAGCAAUUCCAGCAAACGUUUGACGAACUCAAAUCGUGGCUGGACGGGAAAGGCAGCGAGCAGGCUCAGAAGCCACCCGUGUCUGCCAAGCUUGAUAUUUUACAGUCUCAAAUCAGGGAGCAAGAGGAGUUUCAGAAAAAUCUGAACCAACACACCGGUUCCUAUGAGAUGAUCAUCGCGGAGGGGGAGUCUCUGUUUCUGAAUGCCCAGCCGGGAGAGGAGAAGUCAACCCUGCAGAGUCAACUGGUGUCGCUCAAGGCCCAGUGGGACGAACUGAAUAAUCAGGCCACGGGCAGGCAUUCCAAGCUCAAAGAUUGUCUUCAGAAAGCACAGAAGUACCGGAAACACAUAGGGGACUUGCUACCAUGGAUAGAAGAAUGCGAGGCUAAAAUCAAAGAACUGGAGAUCAGCAUCGAUCCCGUCGAACUGAAUUCCUCGUUAGCCAAAGCGAAGCAUCUUAACCACGAUGUGGAUAAGCGUCACUCGCUGCUGGAGAUGGUCAACCAAGCCGCGGACAGCCUGGUAGAUUCCUGCCAGGUCGACGAGGAAGGUAUUAGGGAUGAGAAGGCAGAUAUUAAUCAGAGGAUGGACCUUAUCACAGAGCAGCUUCAAGCUAAGAACGAGUCAAUAGAAGAGAUGGCCCAAAGGUUAAAGGAGUUUCAGGAUUCCUUGCUAAAUAUUCAGAAGAAGCUCGAUGGUGCCAAGCAGCAGCUUGAGGUCUAUGAUGCUCUCGGGACACAGGCCCACAGCAAUAAGAACUUGGAGAAACUAAGAGUUCAACAGGAAACCCUUCAGACCUUGGAGCCGCAAGUAGACUAUCUGAGAGAUUUGACCCGAGGGCUCGUAGAAGACACACCCGCCGGCGCAGAUUCAUCGCAGCUUUUGCAGCAAGCCGAAGCCGUUCAGCAGGAAUACGCCACCGUUAAACAGCGGGUGGGUGAAAGCUGUCAGUCGAUGGAAAACAGGCUACAAGGAAUUGGACAAUUCCAGAGCCACAUCAGAGAGAUGUACUCCCAGCUUGCAGACCUGGACGAUGAACUUGAUAGCAUGAGUCCCAUUGGGAGGGACCUGGACAGUCUUCAGUCACAGUUUGAUGAUGUGAAGCAAUUCAUGAGCAAACUGAAAGAGCUAAAGGGAGAUAUUGAGUCUUCUCAGAAGGAAUGCACGCACAUGCUCGAGGAGGAGGGCAGUCCGGAUCUACAAGGGCUGAAACGAGAGCUGGGAACUCUGAACAAGCAAUGUGGGAAACUGCUGGAACGAGGAAAGAACAGGCAAGAGCAUGUGGAGACAACCAUGGAUCGUGUCGAUGAUUUUUACGGAAGACUGAAAGACCUGGGCAGUCUCCUAACCAAAGCAGAGGAGGGGGAAGAAUUGCAAGGUGUGGUGGGCACUGAGGUGGAUGUUAUCAAUCAGCAACUGGCAGACUUUAAGACGUUUCAAAAGAUUCAGGUGGAUCCCAUCCAGUCCAAACUGCAGCAGGCAAAUGGCAUGGGACAGGGUCUCAUUCAAAGUGCUACAAAGAACGCUAACACGCAAGGACUUGAACAUGAUCUGGACGAGACGAACAUCAGGUGGAACACACUCAACAAAAAGGUGGCAGAACGUACAUCCCAGUUACAGGAAGCCUUGUUACAUCGUGGGAAAUUCCAGGAUGCUCUGGAGCCUUUGCUGAGCUGGCUUACUGACACAGAAGACCUGAUUGCCAAUCAGAAACCUCCCUCGGCAGAAUAUAAAGUAGUGAAGGCACAAAUUCAGGAACAGAAGCUCCUGCAGAGGCUGUUGGAUGAUCGCAGAGCCACCGUGCAGAUCAUCAAGGCAGAAGGAGAAAGGAUUGCAGAGUCGGCAGAAGUAGCGGAAAAAGAAAAAAUCCAGAAUCAGCUGCAAAGACUGGGGAAGAGAUGGGACGCUUUGCUCAGCAAGCUGCAGCCAGUUUGGUUUCUCUGUUGACGCAGGCAAAAUCAGUUGGAGGACAUCUUGGUCAUUGCAAAACAGUUCCACGAGACAGUUGAGCCCCUGAACGAGUGGUUGACGAGCAGGGACAAGAAGUUAGCCAACUCCGAACCCGUGGGGACACAAACUGCUAAGAUUCAACAGCAAAUAACACGCCAUAAGGCCUUAGAGGAUGACAUCACAAACCACAAGGAAAAUGUCCAGCGAGCAGUCAAAGUCGGACAGGUUCUCUUGCCAUUGAGCUCAAAGCCAGACCAGGAGAUGGUCGAGGACAAGCUGGAGUCUGUCCAGGCUCAGUAUAGGGAGAUAAGGGACAGGUGUAGCCGUAAGGCAGCCCUGCUCCAACAAGCUCUCGCCAACGCCAAGAUCUUUGGAGAGGAGGAGGUGGAAGUGUUGAAUUGGCUGGCUGACAUUCAGGACAAACUCAGUUUGGUGACCAUCAAAGAUUACAUGUGUGACAUCCUGCAUAAGCAGCACAAAGAGCAGCUGGCUCUGAAUGAUGACAUUAUAUCCAGGAAGAAAAAUGUAGAUCAAGCCAUUAAAAAUGGACAAGCCCUUCUGAAACAAACUACAGGCGAGGAGGUCAUAAUAAUUCAGGAGAAAUUGGACGGCAUUAAGACCCGCUACGCAGAGAUCACUUCAGCCAGUUCCCGAGUCCUGAAGACACUGGAGCAGGUCCUCCAGCUUGCCACCAAGUUCCAAUCCUUUAACGAAGAGCUGUGCACCUGGCUAGAUUCAGUGGAGGGUGAGCUCGCAGCAAAUUCUCCACAGUCGCCAGUUGGAGAGCAAAUUCCCCAAGUUCAUCAGAGACAAAAGGAGCUGAAGAAGGAAGUGAUGGAGUACAGACUGAUCCUGGACACGGUUAAUGAAGUGAGCAAUGCUUUGCUGGAGCUGGUGCCGUGGAGGGCACGCGAGGGCCUCGAUCGACAGGUGGCAGACGCUAACGAGAGAUACAAAACCGUCAGCGACACCGUAACGCGCAGGGUCGAAGCAAUCGAUGCAGCAAUUCAGAGAUCACAACAGUACGAGCAGGCCACUGACUCCGAGCUAACCUGGGUCGCAGAAACCAAGCGAAAGCUGACAGCCUUGGGCCCAAUUAGGCUGGAGCAAGAUCAGACCACAGCUCAGCUACAGGUGCAGAAGGCUUUUUCGAUAGACAUCAUACGGCACAAGGAUUCCAUUGACGAGUUGAUAAAUACUCAGGAGGAGAUUCUGAGCACUUGUGGAGACGAACAGAAAACCAUGUUACAGGACAAGAUGGAAUCGCUGCUCCAGCAAUAUGAGGCGGUCAGUCAGAUGAAUACAGAGAGAUAUUCCCAGCUGGAACGUGCUCAGGUCCUGAUCAAUCAAUUCUGGGAGACGUAUGAGGAGUUGUGCCCAUGGAUUGAUGAGACGAGAGCUCUGAUGUCCCAGCUCCCACCACCAGCAGUCGACCAUGAGAUUCUGAAACAACAACAGGAGGAGAUGAGGCAACUACGUGAAUCGAUCUCUGAACACAAGCCGCACAUUGAUAAACUGAUGAAGAUUGGCCCGCAGCUAAAGGCAUUGAACCCCGACGAGGGUAAAAUGGUCGAAGAGAAUUACACCACCUCGGAAGCACUUUACGCUCAAAUAAAACAGGAUGCAAGACAGAGAGCUUUGAUGUUGGACGAAGCCAUUUCCCGGUCUGCUCAGAACGCUGAGUUCCACGAUAAGAUCGAUCCAAUGCUGGAAUCCCUGGAGCACAUCUCUGAUCGCUUGCGAUCACCUCCGUCAAUACCUGCUGAGGUUGAUAAAAUCAGAGAGCACAUCAACGAGAAUAAAAACAUCGGAAUGGAACUCGAGAAACUCCAACCGUCUUUUGAUGCUCUUAAAUGUUGCGGUGAGGAACUGAUUGGCCGCUCGACCGGAGCUGAUAAGGAUCCUGCAGCUAAAGCCAUUCAAGACAAGCUGAAUCAAAUGGUAUUUUUCUGGGACGACAUCAAAGCUCACGCCGAAGAGAGGGAUAUUAAACUUCUAGAUGUAUUAGAUCUGGCCGAAAAGUUCUGGUAUGAUAUGGCUGCCCUCUUGACCACCAUCAAGGACACGCAGGAUAUUGUAAGAGACCUUGAGAAUCCUGGCAUUGACCCGUCCAUCAUUAAACAACAGCAAGAGGCUGCAGAGACCAUUAAAGAGGAGACGGACGGACUUCACGAGGAGCUAGAAUUUGUUCGGAUCUUGGGAGCCGACCUCAUCUUUGCCUGCGGAGAGCUCGAGAAACCAGAAGUUAAGAAGAGUAUAGAUGAGCUGAAUUCCAGUUGGGACAAUUUGAAUAAAACGUGGAAGGAGAGAUUGGGCAAACUGGAGGAGGCCAUGCAAGCAGGAGUCCAAUACCAGGAUGCCUUACAGGCAAUGUUUGACUGGCUGGAUAACACAGUCAUCAAACUUAGCGAAAUGUCACCAAUUGGCACAGACCUGAACACUGUGAAACAGCAAAUAAAUGAAAUGAAGCAAUUUAAGAUGGAGGUUUACCAGCAGCAGAUAGAGAUGGAAAAGCUGAACCACCAGGGGGAACUACUACUGAAGAAAGCCUCAGAUGACACAGACAGAGAUGUCGUUCGAGAGCCACUGACUGAGCUCAAGCACCUCUGGGAUGACUUGGGAGAGAAGAUAGUUCACCGACAGCACAAGCUGGAGGGUGCCCUGCUGGCUCUCGGUCAGUUUCAGCAUGCACUGGCCGAACUCAUGUCCUGGCUGAACUACACUGAGGACCUCCUGGAUGGACAGAGACCAAUUAGUGGGGAUCCAAAGGCCAUAGAAAUCGAACUUGCCAAACAUCACGUCCUCAAAAAUGAUGUUCUCGCCCAUACAUCGACCGUGGAAACCGUAAAUAAAGCUGGGAAUGAGCUCCUGGAAUCGAGUGAGGGGGAAGACGCUAAUAAUCUGAAGAGUCGACUAGAUAAACUGAACCAGAGCUGGCAGUCAGUGCUUCACAAAACUGAAGGCAGAGAGCAGCAGCUGGAGGCAGCCCUGCAGCAGGCUGAAGGAUUUCACAGUGAAAUUGAGGAGUUUCUGCAGUGGCUGAGCCGCAUUGAAAAUCAGUUAGCUGCUUCCAAAUCCACCGGCGGUUUGCCCGAAACUGCUCGGGAGCAGCUCAAUGCACACCUGGAUCUUUACAGCGAGUUCUGUGCUAACGAGGAAACCUAUAGAAAGCUGCACGAAAAAGGGCAACUGUUGCUGUACAGCCGAGACGACACGGCAGGAUCGAACGCAGAACAGUGUGUGACACUGCUGGCACAGAAAUGGCAAGCCAUCGGCGUGAAGAUGGUGGAGAGGAAGACCAAGCUGGAGGAGGCCCUCAACUUGGCAACGGAAUUCCAAAAUUCCCUGCAGGAUUUCAUCAACUGGCUCACCCAGGCUGAGCAGGGACUGAAUGUUGCUGCUCCUCCUAGUCUCAUACUCGAUACAGUGCUUUUCCAGAUUGAUGAACACAAGAUUUUUGCCAACGAAGUGAAUUUACAUCGUGACCAGAUAAUAGACCUGGAUAAAACUGGAAACCAACUGAAAUUCCUGAGCCAGAAACAGGAUGUGGUUCUGAUAAAGAACCUCCUGUUCAGUGUCCAGUCUCGCUGGGAGAAAGUGGUGCAGCGCUCAGUGGAGAGAGGCAGAGGCCUCGACGAUGCCCGGAAGCGUGCCAAGCAGUUUUACGAGGCCUGGAAAAAGCUAAUUGACUGGCUGGAGGAGGCUGAGAACAACUUGGAUUCUGAUCUGGAGAUUUCCAACGACCCAGAUAAAAUCAAACUACAACUCGUCAAGCACAAGGAGUUCCAAAAGACGCUCGGGGGGAAGCAGCCAGUGUACGACACCACAAUCCGAAUGGGUCGCUCCAUGAAAGACAAAGCCUCGCUACAAGAUGACCGCCAGAAGCUGGAUAAUCUGCUGGGUGAAGUGCGAGAUAAAUGGGACACAGUGUGUGGCAAGUCGGUGGAGAGGCAGCACAAGCUGGAGGAAGCCCUUCUAUUUUCAGGGCAAUUUACUGAUGCUCUUCAGGCUCUGGUUGAUUGGUUGUACAAAGUGGAGCCACAGCUAGCAGAGGACCAGCCCGUCCACGGAGACCUUGAUCUGGUGAUGAACCUAUUGGACGCUCACAAGGUUUUCCAGAAAGAGCUAGGCAAGCGCACCAGCAGCGUGCAGGUGCUGAAAAGAUCUGCUCGUGAAUUGAUCGAGAACAGUCGAGACGACACGACUUGGGUGAAGGUUCAGCUGCAAGAACUGAGCACACGGUGGGACACAGUCUGCAAACUCUCCGUCUCCAAACAAACACGGCUUGAGCAAGCGCUCAAACAGGCGGAGGAAUUUCGGAACGCUGUCCAUGCCCUUCUGGAGUGGCUGUCAGAGGCAGAGCAGACGCUCAGAUUCCGAGGGGUUCUCCCAGAUGAUGUGGAGGCACUGCAGUCCCUGAUAGACUUGCACAAGGACUUCAUGAAGAAGGUGGAGGAGAAGCGUGUGGAUGUGAAUCAAGCAGCUGAAAUGGGAGAGGCGAUUCUGGCCGUGUGUCACCCAGAUUGUGUCACCACAGUCAAACACUGGAUCACAAUCAUCCGAGCUCGAUUUGAAGAAGUGUUAACUUGGGCAAAACAGCACCACCAGCGGUUAGCAACUGCAUUGUCAGAGUUGGUCACCAAUGCUGAACUAUUGGACGAAUUAUUGACCUGGCUUCAGUGGGCUGAAACUACACUAAUUCAGAGAGAUCAGGACCCCAUGGCAAAGGACAUCGAACAAGUCAAAACACUUAUUGCAGAACACCAGUCUUUCAUGGAAGAAAUGACUCGGAAACAGCCAGAUGUGGAUAAAGUAACAAAAACGUACAAGAGGAAAGCUGUAGAACCAUCCCACAUGCGCGGAAGGAAGCCUCUGCACCAGUUGGCAAAUCCACCUUCGCCUGUUACUGUCCCGUCCCAGACUGAAGCCAAGAAUCCGCGGAUUAAUCUGCUCUCUGGAAGGUGGCAGCAGGUCUGGCUUUUGGCACUGGAGAGACAGCGCAAACUCCACGACUGCCUCGAUCGUCUUGAGGAACUGAAAGAGUUUGCCAACUUUGACUUUGACGUGUGGCGGAAGAAGUACAUGCGAUGGAUGAACCAUAAGAAGUCUCGGGUGAUGGAUUUCUUCCGACGCAUCGAUAAGGAUCAAGACGGAAAGAUCACACGACAGGAGUUUAUUGAUGGAAUCCUUCCUCAAGUAAAGUUUCCCACCAGCAAAUUAGAAAUGACUGCUGUGGCUGAUAUCUUUGACCGAGACGGAGAUGGGUACAUUGAUUAUUACGAGUUUGUGGCCGCACUUCAUCCUAAUAAGGAUGCCUAUCGUCCUGUUACAGACGCUGACAAGAUUGAGGACGAGGUGACGAGACAAGUGGCCCAGUGCAAAUGCGCAAAGCGGUUUCAGGUGGAACAGAUUGGAGAAAAUAAAUAUAGAUUUGGGGACUCUCAGCAGUUACGACUGGUGCGUAUUCUGCGUAGCACAGUGAUGGUCCGUGUGGGCGGAGGCUGGAUGGCAUUGGAUGAGUUCCUGGUGAAAAAUGACCCGUGCAGAGCGCGGGGCCGAACGAACUUAGAACUGCGGGAGAAGUUCAUCUUACCAGAGGGAGCCUCCCAGGGCAUGGCCGCCUUCAGAACCAGGGGACGUAGGUCCAAGCCUUCCUCCAGGGCCGCCUCUCCCACUCGGUCGAGCUCCAGUGCCAGCCACAGCAACCACAGCUGCACUUCGAUGCCAACGUCACCUGCCACUCCAGCCAGCGGCAGCAGGGUAACUCCUGUGCAGGGCAGUAAACUCCGGAGACCGAGCUACCACUCCAGUAAAGUGUCUCUGACCGGUGACAACGGCAACACAACACCUGUCACCUCCAAACCCAGCCGAACUGAUCCCAAGAGAACCCCAAGCCGGCCGAAUAGCCGAGCCGGGAGCCGGGCCGGGAGCCGGGCAAGCAGCCGCAGGGGCAGUGACGCUUCGGACUUUGACCUGUUAGAGACGCAGUCGAUGUGCUCGGACAUCUCGGAGUCCAGCACGCCCGGGUCCCACGCUGCUUCACGAAGAGGAUCCACGAAACCUUCCAAAAUCCCAACCCCCUCCAAGAAAACCACAGCGACGAAAAACACAAGCACUCGACGAUAAUACGAGACACAGUUGGGAAAAGAUAAUCACUUCGCGCGCGCACACACACACAUUCUCUUUGGAAGCCACCAGAUGUAUGAUAUUCUACAAAAAAAAAGUACUGUUGUUAACCAUUGUAAAAGAUAAUUGUGGUCUAAUGCUGCCUUAUCAUUGUAUCUUAUCUGUUUUUGUUUUUGUAAGUUAAAAGAUCUUCAUGUGAAUAUUUAUGUAGAUAAAAACACCCACGUUCUGAUCCUGCGACUUGUGUGGCUUAACAGGGAUUUGAAAAUGCUUUUAAAGAGAGAGAAAUUUAAAAGCGUUUGUGUUCCAAUGAAGACUUAAACUACUGCUUUUUUUUAAAAUAAAAAAAAACUUGCAUUUAAGAUAAGACCCUUUUAAACAAAAAAAAAAGACUUGUGUCGGCGAGUCGGCAAGAUGCUGCAGUGUUUGUUUAGAAAUCACGAUACCUCACAAAGAAUUUAAAAU